CGCUAUAAAUAAGGGCGCCGCACUGGUGCUUACCACGCCGCGUCGCCAGGAGGAGCGCUCGGGCACCACUGGCCGAGGCGUGCUAGGAUUCCAGAGGAGGCAAGAUGAAGGCUCUGCUGCUGCUGGUGGGGCUGCUGACGGCCUGGGAGAAUGGGCAGGUGCUGGGCGAGCCGGCCGUCCCAAGCAGAGAGCUCCAAGAAAUGUCCACCGAGGGGAGUAAGUACGUUAAUAAGGAAAUUAAAAAUGCCUUCAAGGAGGUGAAACAUAUAAAGUCUCUAAUGGACCAUACAAACGAUGAGCGCAAAUCACUGCUCCUCAGCUUAGAGAAGGCCAAGAAGAAGAAAGAGGAUGCCCUAACUGAUACAAAAGACACCGAAAUGAAGCUGAAGGCAUCCGAGAACGUGUGCAAUGAGACCAUGACGGCCCUCUGGGAGGAGUGUAAGCCCUGCCUGAAACAGACCUGCAUGAAGUUCUACGCGCGUGUCUGCAGAAGCAGCUCGGGGCUAGUUGGCCACCAGCUGGAGGAGUUCCUGAACCAGAGCUCUCCCUUCUACUUCUGGAUGAACGGCGACCGCAUCGACUCCCUGCUGGAGAAUGACCGGCAGCAGGCCCAUGUACUGGACACCAUGGAAGACAGGUUCAGCCAGGUGUCCCGUAUUAUGGAUGAACUUUUCCACAGCAGAUUCUUCACCCGGGAUCUCUUGGAUCCCCACCACUUUUCACCCUUCGGCCCAAAUCCGAGGAGGCCUCUCUACUUCAAUCCCAAGUCCCGCUUAGCCCGAAACAUAAUGCCUUUCCCCAUGUAUGGACCCAUGAACUUCCAGGACAUGUUCCAGCCCUUCUUUGACAUGAUACACCGGGCUCAACAGGCCAUGGAUGGCCAGUUUGAUGGACUUCUCUUCCAGUUCCCAAUGGAGGAAUUCACAGAAGGCAACGAUAACCGCUCGGUGUGCAAGGAGAUCCGUCACAACUCUACGGGAUGCCUGAGGAUGAAGGACCAGUGUGCCAAGUGCCAGGAGAUCUUGUCAGUGGACUGUUCGGCCAGCAGCCCCGAGCAGAGCCAGCUGCGGGAGGAGCUGAGCAGCUCCCUCCAGCUGGCGGAGCAGCUCUCCCAGCAGUACGACGAGCUGUUCAGGUCCUACCAGCAGAAGAUGCUCAACACCUCCGCUCUGCUGAAGCAGCUGAACGAGCAGUUUAACUGGGUGUCCCAGCUGGCCAACCUCACUCAACGCGAAGACCCGUUCUCUCUCCAGGUCACUACGGUGGCUUCCCACUCCUCAGACUCCAGCGUUCCCUCUGGCUUCACUAAGGUGGUUCUGAGGCUCUUUGACUCUGACCCCAUCUCUGUGACUGUCCCAGAAGAAGUGUCCAUGAACAAUCCUAAAUUUAUGGAGACCGUGGCAGAGAAAGCUUUGCAGGAAUAUCGCCAAAAGUCCCGGGUGGAGUGAAAUGUGAACGUUGCAUUUCCAAGUAUGGGGGUGUCUGAAUCCAGUCGCCCCUGAGAUGAGCCACAGACCCCCUAGAGAGAACUCUGCGCGUCACCAAGUGACCAGGCCCCGCCCAGCCUCUCCUCCCUCCGGAUCCCGCUCUAAUGCCUGCUCUUGCUGAUCACGGGGACAACUUCCCCACCAAUGCACUAGCUCAAUAAAAUCGCCUGUAUGCUC